UGGGUGUCCAGGCUGGUUUGAAAGUCGGGGGUCGGGCCCGGCCCAGGUUGUUUGUAAGCCGAGGCCCCCGCUGGUGGGGCCAGGCCGUCCCUAGCCCGUCCCCCGCCCCGCCUCCCUGCCGACCUCUCGGUCCCUUCGGCCCGGCUCGCCGCCAGCCCGCUGCCUCCCCGGCCGGCUCCGCGGCCCAGCCGCCACCAUGUCCCUGCACGGCAAACGGAAGGAGAUCUACAAAUAUGAAGCGCCCUGGACGGUGUACGCCAUGAACUGGAGCGUGCGGCCCGACAAGCGCUUUCGCCUGGCGCUGGGCAGCUUCGUGGAGGAGUACAACAACAAGGUUCAACUUGUUGGUUUAGAUGAGGAGAGUUCAGAGUUUAUUUGCCGAAACACCUUUGACCAUCCAUACCCCACCACAAAGCUCAUGUGGAUCCCUGACACAAAAGGUGUCUAUCCAGACCUACUGGCAACAAGUGGUGACUAUCUUCGUGUAUGGAGGGUGGGUGAAACAGAGACCAGGCUGGAAUGUUUGCUGAAUAACAACAAGAACUCAGAUUUCUGUGCUCCCCUGACCUCCUUUGACUGGAAUGAGGUGGAUCCUUAUCUUUUAGGUACCUCCAGCAUUGACACGACUUGCACCAUCUGGGGACUAGAGACGGGGCAGGUAUUGGGACGCGUGAACCUGGUGUCUGGCCACGUGAAGACCCAGCUCAUCGCCCAUGACAAGGAGGUCUAUGAUAUUGCAUUUAGCCGAGCUGGAGGUGGCAGGGACAUGUUUGCCUCUGUGGGUGCUGAUGGCUCAGUGCGGAUGUUUGACCUCCGUCAUCUGGAACACAGCACUAUCAUUUACGAAGACCCACAGCAUCACCCACUGCUUCGCCUUUGCUGGAACAAGCAAGACCCUAACUACCUGGCCACUAUGGCCAUGGAUGGAAUGGAGGUGGUGAUUCUGGACGUCCGAGUUCCCUGCACACCUGUCGCCAGGUUAAACAACCACCGAGCAUGUGUCAAUGGCAUUGCUUGGGCCCCACAUUCGUCUUGCCACAUCUGCACUGCAGCGGAUGACCAUCAGGCUCUCAUCUGGGACAUACAGCAAAUGCCGCGGGCCAUUGAGGACCCCAUCCUGGCCUACACAGCGGAAGGAGAGAUCAACAAUGUGCAGUGGGCAUCGACUCAGCCUGACUGGAUCGCCAUCUGUUACAACAACUGCCUGGAGAUACUCCGAGUGUAGUGUUGGUGGCACCUCGCCUACGAGGCAGGGGCUUGUGUCCGUCUCCUCCCUCCCCAAGUAAGAAGAACAUGUUUCCAGUGGCCAGUCUGUCUGUUGUUGCUUUACACCCACUGUUUCCAGAAGCUGCUCUAGGAGUUCCUGCCAGUCACCCCUCGCUGUCUGUGCUGGACUCAGUGCUGUGUGGCGCCUCCUCAGCCCAGGGCUGAGUUUUAAGAUUCUCUCUCCUUUCUUCUUUUCCUUUGCUUCUUCAAUUAAACAUUUCUGUAUAUUUGUUUGUCAGCUGUUGUGUUCAUGGAUAGUUCUAAGCAUUAGCUCUGCUUGUAUCCAUCUGCCCCAUGUCUCUAUGUGUUUACUGCCUCAGGCAAUAGUCCAUGUCUUGUCCCCAUUCAUGUCCACAUUAGCACUUAAGUGGGAACAAAUACCAAUUUAAAGUUGUCUUUCCUCCUGGUAUCGGUGUCUCUAACAAACCUCAACUUUGUAUAUUUUUUAUCAGGCUAAUUUUUUUAUGAAAAGGAUUUUACUCUUUCUGGUUUCUGCCUUUAUUUCAGGCCCUCCUCUUUGCACCUUCCUCUCUUCCCUCUCUUCCUAGAGUGAGCCUUUGACCCCAAGAGUAAUUUGCCCUCCUGAGUCACUGCCUGAGUGGCACACACCUAAUCAGGAGUUCCAAAUUGCUCUGGUGCUCUGAAGUGUACUGACUCAACCUUUUCUCAGCCUGGCUCUUCUCAAGGACCUUACAAGCUCCAGGACAGAUGUAGGAAGCCUUCUGUUAUGCCAUGAAGUUCCUCUGUCUAGUCGGCCUGCUGUGGACAAGUGGUAGGCACGGAUAUAGACAGUUGAGUGGCAGCCGGCUGACAAGGAGUCAUUUCAGAAAGCUAGGUUUGGAGCAUGUUUCCAGGACCUGAUUUCAGGGUCUGUGCCCUCCACAUGUGAACCCAGGCUGUUCUAUUUCAGGACUUGAGAGAUAGACAAGAAUGAUCUCUAUGUUAAGCUGUGGUAUUUCUGUUUGAGUUUCUUGUGCCUGUUGGGACAUUGCCCCUCUUCAGAUUGAGUGAGUCAUCCUGAGAGGUGUAGUCUGUGUCUGUGACCCUGAAUAAGAUCUGCAGAAAGGGGCAGACACUCAGCCCCACCCCGGUUUAGGUUCUGAGCAGUAUUGGACUUGUAGGCUGUCAUUGGCCAUGUUGACUUACAGUCUGCAGGUGUCUGUUUCCGUUACAUGAAAGUUCCGUGGAGGAAGCUGGUGUGUGAUUCUGCUUGUGAGAAGUCUGUGACUCUGGGGAGAAUUUCUUGGCUCAUUGUGCUUUGCCAAGGUACCUAAAGGUUCACCAGGCUUCCUGAAGUCAGGAGAGUAGCAGCCUAAAAGCUGGUGGUUUGUCUAGUUGAGCUCUUCAUCAGCUGGAGGAGUGAAGGUUAAUUUCAACCUUCUGGGCACUACAAGUCUCCUGGCUGAGCCCUCCCUUUCUGCAGCUGGUGUUGUGUGCCAAGAGUCAGAGUGCUUUACUACGUAGAGGAAAGGCUUUUUUUUCAGUAAGGCUUUUUCCCCUCUGUCUCUGACUGGCCAUCUGAUUGAUGUACCAUGCAGUUCUUUCAUGUGUCAUGCAGUUUGCCCUGGGUCAUUUGCAGGUGGAAAUGAUCUUUUAUGAGCAGGCCUUUCUCCUUUUCAUUGUGUUUGCUUGCGGUACAGGGUCCUCCUCAAAGGUAGCAAGUCCUGCUGAUGGCUACUGCCUCAGGAGGCUGUUGGCUCCUUCCCGUAGGAGGGUCUGCAGUGGUACCAGGUGCUGGUCCCACUGGGGAGAGUCCUACCUCUGGUGAGUUCCGAGUACAGCUUAACCUGGGCAGAAUGGUGAAAUUUGUCAAUUGAAACUUGAAAUUAAACUUUAGAAAAUAUAGCAAUAGUUACUAAAAUAAAUCUGGAUGGGUUCACUAUUUGCCUAGGAAAUCAACCACUUCUUACGACUUUCCCCUUGCCCCUCAGACUCCUCUCGUUCUUCUUCAGGCCUCCUCCUCCUCUGCACUUCACUGAGACCCAGGCAAAACACGUGUUGUCUCUACAAACACAGCACCCACAGUUGCCAGGUGGCAUUCUAAAGUGCAAGCUCUCUCAACUUCCCUUUACAUAGACAGAUGGCCCUUGUGCUUGAAGAAGAAACUGUGUAGUCUCAGGGUGUAGAGAGCCCCUUACUCAGCCAUACUCCCUCAGGCACAGAUCUGUUAAAGGUUUCAAAAGUGCCCGCCGGGUAUGGUGGCGCACGCCUUUAAUCCCAGCACUUGGGAGGUAGAGGUAGAAGGAUCACUGUGAGUUCAAGGCCACCCUGAGACUACAUAGUAAAUUUCAGGUCAGCCUGGGAUAGAGUGAGACCUUAAUGCAAAAAAAAAAAAAAAAAAAAAAAAAGCUUCAAAAGCGAGUCCCUGUUUGGGUUUGCUCCGGCUCCCAGCAGCAUGGGUGGGGGUCACUGCUGUCCUGUGGUGACUGCAGCUGCGCUGUGAGACUGCUAAGCCAGUCCUUUGCUGGCUCUUGGCACGCUCAGCCAAGUACUUUCUAGGUCUGCUGGGGGGAAGGUGGAGUGCUCAGUCAGGUAGGCCUCGGGUCCACCAGCAGAGAACCAAGCUGGUGAAUAGGUCUGAGGCUUGAGCUUCUACACUCAGGAGCUUGAGAACUUUGUAUCUGAAUCAGGAUCACUUCUGAGAUAACUGGAUGCCGUUGAGGAAGAACAGAAAAAAUUCAGGAUCCUACAAUAUUUUGAUGAGUGUUAUGGCUGAAACUUUAGAAGAUUUGGGGUGUAGAAGAAAGUCAACGGUGGUUCUUUGGAUAAAGAGAAGAAAUAUUACAUAGCAGAGAGGGUUUGAGAGAAAUAUUCAGGCCAUCUGUUGCGUACUAUGGAAUGAGUCUGUGUCCUCAGCCUAAGUCAGCCCUUCCUGGACCAUUAGUCAGGCAUUUGUAACACUGAGUAACUGUGACAGGAGGACAGCUCAGGCCAGAGGGAGCUGCCUGCAGCAGGAUGGCUAUAGGCAUGCGUGGUGCGGUGGUAAUCUUCAAGUGUUGGGUGUCCCAAGACGACAAUAUCAUGAGAUUUUUUUGUUUGAGACACUGUCGUGCUCUGUAGCCCAGGCUGACCUGAAUCUGUGAUCCUCUUAUAUCAGCCUCCCAAGUGCUGGGAUUACAGGCUUAUGCCACUGUGCCCAGUAUCCGUAGUUCUUGAUUAUAGAUUUGUACUCAGAUGGUAAACAGUCCUGCAGAUCUUUAUCUUUUCUGCUCUCUCUCCUGUCCUCUUCUCUUCUUCCUUCCCUUCUGCCUUCCUUUUUAAAGAUGGGUAUCAAACCCAGGUCCUUGGGCAUGCUUGGCAAGUGCUCUGUCACUGAGCUACACUCCCAGACCUCUGCCAUCUUUCAUUUAUCUUCCUCUUAACCUUCCACUGUAGAACAUUUCUCCACUACAUCCUAGGGCCUGGAUCCCAAGGCUGGAAGGGCAGGUGGGAGGUGUGGGUUUUGCCAGACAUGGGAGAGCAGCCAGAAUGGCCUCUCUCCCUCUUCCUCUCCCUCUCUCCUUUUCUGAGACUAUGGCAGCUGCUUUGACUGCUUGGUUUGGGCAGGGUUACUAUUGAAGUAUAAGCCUUGAAGCACAUUUUUCUCUUCACAGUCUGUACUCCAGGGUGAGAAAGAAGGGCCAUGCUUGGCACUUAGGUUGGGUUUCCUGGGAAGAAAGCUAAGCUGAGCAAAAUCGCCAUGAACCUGGGCCAGGCUUUCCUGCGUUGUAGUUGUCCUCUGUUCUGGCAGGACGGCUGCUGCGUGUAUUGUGUUGCAAAGCUUGCUCUCCUGCAACUUCUCCUCCCACACUGCCACUGCCGCUAGUGGUCAAACGUGUGGCCACAUGGGAUGGCCAGGAGAUCCUCUCGGGCUACUGUCUGGAUGUCAUUUGUUACAUGGAAACAUGCAGGUGCCUUUUCUAAAAGGCUUGGACCAGUAUCUCAUACCAGAAACAAGUAAGCUCUCAGAAGUUUGAACUACAGAAGAAGGAUGUUCAUAGUCUAUGUGGCAGCUGGAAAAUGUACAAGCACCCACCUUUUGGACAACCCAGUGAAGACCAAGUUGUGAUAUCUACGAUGUAAAAGAGACGUCCUCACUUCGGGUUGACUGUGAUAAACAAUGUAUUAUGAAAAUUGUUCAGCUGAAGCUUUGAAUCGCCUUAGUGAAGUAUGAGUCACUUGCUUUUUGGUUCCUGUGUAUUUUAUGGCCCCUCUGUCUGUGACUUUGCCCCGCCCCCUCCUGAGUGUGAAUUUGUAGCAUGAUUGUAUAAACCUCUGUAGAAAAUGGAGAUUUCUUGUUCUAUGAAAUAUUAAGCUCUAACCAAUCCAUUUCUGUGCCCUUUAGCCUAGUAUAUAUGAGCUUACUUUCUUGUUAUAUAUUGAAACUUGCCCUCUCUAGGUUUGGUGGCACCCCCUUCAGGUGGAGAGGAAGCUGCCCCUUUGCAGAACUUUACUGUAACCAUUAUUUUAUAAAUAUUAUUUUCACAGGGCUGGUUGUAUACAGGGCUUGUAAUAAAGUUUAACACUGUGCUGUGAACAUACUAAGGAAUCUCCACUGGAGGCUACUUCAAAGGCACCUGAAAGCAGAGCGUUCUUUCUAUGACCUUUCUUCCUACUACAUUAGAGCCUAAUUUUCACCCUUUCAUUCUGUUUCAGCCUCCUGUGUAAGAAGUACCGUAUUUUCUGCCCAUCAUACUUUGUAAUAAAACUUGAACAUGUAUAGAUUGAA